AUGGCAACACAGUUCGACGAGUACUCUAGAGGCGAUCCAUUCAUUCAUGCCGCUGAUCAGGGAAACAACUCGGCCGAGUACAAGCGUCACUGGUCUCCUUAUUCGUGGCACGGAGGCACUUGCCUGGCUAUUGCCGGCGACGAUUUCGUUCUGAUGGCUUCUGACACUCGACUUGGCGAACAUGGAGGCAUUUACACUCGCGAGCUCAACCGAAACAGCAAAGUUACCGAUCACUGCGCAAUUGGCCAAUGCGGCUUCCAGGGAGACGCACGCGUUUUGCUUCAAAAUGUCAAAGCAAAGAUUCGAAUUUACGAGCAUCAACACAUGGAGCAACCAACUGCUCCUGCCAUCGCUGCCAUGCUUUCUACCAUGCUUUAUUACAAACGUUUCUUUCCAUACUACGUGUACAACAUCGUCGCUGGUCUCGACGGAGAGGGCAAAGGCUCUGUCUUUAGCUACGAUCCUGUCGGAUCCUACGAUCAGGUCCCGAUGGUCUGCUACGGCUCCGCUCAGAAUCUUAUCCAGCCAUUCCUUGACAAUCAGAUCCGACGACCUCACAUCAAAGAAGAUGAAGCACCAAAGAUGACUCGAGAGCGAGUUCGUCAAUUGGCCAUUGACGCGUUUAUUUCCGCUUCUGAGCGAGAAACCAACACUGGUGACGGGAUCACUGUUACACUCAUCGACAAGAACGGCACAACUGUUGAGACAAUUCCACUCCGACGAGACUAG